GUGACGCCGGAGGGGCGAGCCUUGCGUCAUGGCCAUCAGCGGGGCAGAGCGGCUCCAGCAUGCCAAAGGAGUCGCCUGGAGACUGGCAGCGGGUCUGGAGGACGUCGGCAAAGAAACACAAUGGAAAUACUGACAAUAUAAGAAUUAUACAAAUUCAGGAUGGGCCCAGAUGUCCCUCUACUGAACGACUACAAACAAGAAUUUUUUUGGAAGCGGUUUCCACAGACAAUACUAGGAGGGCCACGUUUCAAACUUGGAUACUGUGCUCCACCUUACAUCUAUGUUAACCAGGUCAUCUUGUUCCUGAUACCAUGGGUUUUUGGUGGUAUAGGAACUGUUCUUUACCAGCUAAGUACAUUGGAAGAUUACUGGGCAUCAAUUCUUGCUGCAGGUUUGAUGCUGCUGGCAGCUUUCAUUGUUCAAGGCAUGAAUCUGUGGGUGAGACGGAACAGUGUGGCUGUCGAAACAUUCACUCCAGAAAAUACUUUGGCAGAUGAAGAUGAAUUUGAUUUUUCCAGCUGUGCUGGGUCUGAAACAGUAAAAUUCAUCAUACCUGGAAAAAAAUAUUUGAUCAAUACAGUUUUUCACUCCAUUCUGGCUGGAGCACUAUGUGGCCUUGGAACAUGGUAUUUAUUGCCUAACAGGUUAAUGAUGCUAUAUGUCAACACAGGAGUAACUGCUGUGCUUUUUAUUUUUGGUUGGGUGACAGUGUGCAUUGGAGAAUAUUCAUUAAUAAUAAAUACUGCUGUAGAGACUGCUACAUUCCAACCACAAGAUACAUAUGAAAUCAAUGCACUUACUAGACCCCUUUAUAUUUUUGCCUUCGUUGCAGUGGAUCUUGCCUACAGGUUUACUGUGAAUCCAAUCCUGCUUCAAACAGCUCAGAUUUUGCACAUUAUUUUUGUAUUUCUGCCUGUUCUUUGGGCAAUUGGUAUUUUGCCUCCUGUGGAUGCACUUGUCUUAUGGGUUUUAGAGCAAGUCUUGGAAUUUGUAUUUGGAGGUUCACCCAUGGCAACCAAUGUAAGGCUGUUGGUUAUAUUUACUCUGUCAGCUGGAGUGGUGAUCGCAACAUUCUUUAUUCCCGACUCUCUUGGUGUAGUUCUCUUCACAACUGGAAUGGGAUUUAUUCUUAGCCUUGAUCUCAGUCAGAUAGAGACUUCAUUCAGAUUCUGCUGCAGGACAGCUGAUGCUUCUUUAGAAUAUCCUAAAGAUCGUAGUCAUCAAAUUGGAUGGCAGUUUGGCUGGAAAAUAAUCUUGAUUUAUAUUAGUCUUCUUAUAAUGAUACUUGCUGAAGCUGGAUUAUUGCAUUUCUUUGCAAGAAAUUCAACUACAUCUGGAAUAAGUCCACAGACCAUAUUAAGCUAUAUCUUAAUAGUAACAUUAGUAGGAUGGAAGAUUUGCCAAGAAGUUCAAGGUGCAUUUAUUUUUGGAUUACUUCGGAAUCCUUUCUUUCCUAAAGGCAUACGAACUGUUGAAGUAUUUAAGCAGAAACGAGCAAUAUUGAUGAAGGCUAGCUUGAUUCAAAGGAUUCUUCUCAAUUUUGUCUCUCCAUUUGCCAUGUUAGCCUUUCUUUCAGUGGAUUCUUCACUACAGUAUCUCCACACAGCAUCCCUUUGUAUUGGAUUCACACGAGCUUUUCGCAUGGUAUGGCAAAAUACAGAGAAUGCACUAGUGGAAGUGGUAGUGAUAGCAAUUGUGCGACUUGCCACAUUGCAUUCAAGUUUAUUGUGGUGGAACAGUUUGGGCACAGGAAUUCAACUUUUAAUGGUUGGUAUUAUACGAGAUCGCUUCUUUCAAGCAAUUACCAAGCUCAAGUUUGCUUUGACUGUACUUAUCUCCUCUUGGACAGAGAAGAAGCAACGUCGCAAAUCUUCUAGUGCCAUAAUCAUUUUGAACAUUAUCUUGUUUCCAGUUGUACUGACGAUCAUUGCUCUUGCUUCAGUGCUUUCGGCCCCUUUACUUCCGCUGUUUACACUUCCAGUGUUUAUGGUGGGAUUCCCACGACCUAAUAAAAGCUGGCCUGGAUCUGUGGGUGCUGCUGCAUGUAUAUGUCCUGAUUCAGUAUACUACCAGCAUAUGAAGCACAACCUGGCUGCAGCAUUUUGUACAGCAUUUUCUGCUGGUAGCUUGGGAAAUCCAACACCUGGCUCUCAUUACCUGUGUCGCUUUCAGGACCGUCUAGUGUGGGUCUUGAUUUUGGAAAGGGGUUUUGGUUACUGCUGUAUUAACAUUAAGGGUUUAGAGUUACAAGAAACUUCGUGCCACACUGCAGAAGCUCGACGAGUGGAUGAAGUGUUUGAAAUGAGCUUUGAACAAAAUGAACAAGCAAGAACCUGCCCUUUAAAUCAACAUUUUAGCAACAUCUUGACUCCAUCCACUGUACUACCAGUGCAGGUUUACUCUGAUGCACGGAAUGUAUUAACAGGAAUCAUUGACUCUCUGGAAAAUUUAAAACAUAUAAAGGAAGAUUUUGCUAAAGUUUUUAUAUGGGUACUUUUACAUUACAUAAAUAAUAAAUCAAAAUCUGAAAAUGUUCAAGACAAUCAGCCGCUACAACAAAAUACAACCUGGUUAGAAGAGAAUACAGUUACUUCAAUGCAAACUGAAUCUUCUAAAGGUCCUAAAGAUUCCUUUAGUAUAAAUUCAGAAAUAUUUCAUGACUGGUCAGAUGAAGAUAUAUUUGACCUGGAGUCCAUAGGAAAAAAGACUGGAAUACGUCUAGCUAAAACCUCUACAGGUAUGCAGCAAAUGACAACAGAACCUGUUAUAACAUCCAUCCCUGGGAGCCUUGAAACGCAAAGCUUAUCCUCUGAUAUAAAUGAUGAAGAAUUACCAAAAAGAACACCCAUGUAUGGACUUCCUGCUACUGAUAAAGGAAAACAGAUAUUAAUGGAAACAAAUACCCAUGAAAUGAUCCCAGUGGUUGUUUUCAGUUCUCCUUACUCACAUAAGCUAAAAGUGCCAGAGAAUUGGCAAUCAGGGCCUUUCUCGCCUCUACUGCUUCAAGAAUUGUUGAAAUCCUUUCCUGAGGAUUGGUAUUCAUUUGUUCUUGGUCUUUUGGAUGUUUUCCACUCUGACGAAAAACGUUCCAUUAUCUUUGAAGUGAUAGGAGAUACAACUUUGAAGGAUAUGUAUUCCCAUGUGGUAAUGACUUGUUACGGUGUCAUGUUAGGAACUGACUCCAUAAUCCCGAGCCCCAAUCAGAUCUUCAAGGUGUAUUCUGGUGAUAUACCAUGGUCUUUGGGUUUAGAUUGGUUGACUCAAAAACCAGAGCUGCUUACACUUGCAUUAAAGGCAUUCAGAUAUACCUUCAAACUGAUGUUUGACAAAGCCAGUCUAGGUCCAGUUGAAAGUUUUGCUGAAUUAGUGAAUUACCUGGAAGAAUAUGAUAGAAACUGGUUUAUUGGAAUGGUAUCAGAACCACAGUGGCAGCAGUCAGUGCUACAGGAGAAACCGUAUCUUUUUUCUUUGGGCUAUGACCCUAGUCUGAGCUUGUAUACAGGACGUGUGCUGUCACUUCAAGAAAUGUUAUUGCAUGUUGGACAGUUAAAUGCAGAAGCAAUAAGAGGUCAGUGGGCCAAUUUGUCUUGGGAGCUACUGUAUGCCACAAAUGAUGAUGAGGAACGAUACAGUAUACAAGCACAUCCUGUGUUACUGAGAAACUUAACAGUGCAGUCAGCUAAUCCUCCACUUGGCUAUCCCAUCUUUUCAUCGCCACCAAUCCAUGUGUCUUUAUUUUAAAUGUAAUUUAAAGUACUAAUCAAUCAGAACUGAGCUAUUACUACAGAAACAGUUAAAAUAAAAUGUUGCCCUUGCACUUUGGUAUAGAUUCAAAAUGAACUAAUGUGAUUAAGUGCACUGCUUGAAAGCAUAUAUCAACUAUGCAAAAAUAAUAGUUUAUUGCCAGGAUAAUUUUAAAAUUUGUAUCUUCCAAGUUUUUAAUUAAUGGGUUUUGUAUACUUGGAAAGAGAAGUUGAGGGGAAGGUGCAGCUGAGAAAUUAAACAGGAUUGCAGUCCUGCUACUUCUGGAAAGUACAUGUGAACUGUGGGAUUGUGCUCAACUGUAAUCCCUUUGUGUUAUUGAAGUAUGCUAACAUUUGGGUUAGGAAAAUGAAGAAUAAGAACUAAGAAACUGUAUUUCAGCAUGUGCCAUCAUCUUUGAAGAGAAGUAUGUAGUUCAAUGUCUUUUCUACAAGUAUUUUAAUAUUAAAUCCUAAAAUGAUGCAAGUUUAUUUAAGACACGAGAAUGAGGAAUUUUAAAUCUCAUUUCCAAAGAUGUCAUUACAUUACACCAAAUAUAAGAAUUGUAAGAAACAGCUGUUAAGUUUCUUUAUCAUUUUUUCUUUCAAAAGAAAGCAAACCUUUGCCAUGAAUUACCAAUACCAAAAAUGAUCUUUUAUCCAUUCCAUUUUUGAUGAAAUGCAUCUUGGUUGAGUUUUAGGGGAAGUAUUCUAAUUCAAGAUGACACAAAUUUAACCGAGAUUUUGGAGAUGUCGCUGAGGUUAAAAUCUAAUAUUAAUAUCCUCUGGCACACUGAAAUUGAAUUAAAUCAUGUACCUAUUUGUUCCUUUUUUUUAAAAAAGAAUUUUUAUUUGGAAGCAAGAAUUUAUAGUAGUAAUGCAAAUUAAGUAUUGUUUACUAUUUCCCUAAACUUAUUUCAAAGCCUAGUACAAUGUUGAUGUAGUGAAUUGGUACUACAUCUUUGAAUAAUUGCCACUUUCUGAUCUGAGCUAUGCUGUGGUAUUCAUCUACAAUCUGAGAGGAAAAAUCUGAAGAUUCCUAGAUGGGUACCACACCACCUGCUGCUAUCACAUGCCAAACAAAAAUGCUGAAAUCAACCUGAGAUUAAUAGGGGAGUCAAAUUAAUGCAUCAGAAUGGAAAUAAUGCACUAAAAAUUACAUAACUCAGCAAAAUUAUAAAGCAGGGGUAGUAGAGUGCCAGAAAAUGUGCAUACAAACAUUUCAGAACAUUUUUUUAAUGUUGAACCACGCAAGAAGUAAUAUUCAGCAUUAUUAAUAGUGCCUUUUUAAGUGUUGCACAAGAUGAAUUGUUAAAUAAAUCUUAUUUCAUUAUCCAGUUAACACAGGAUUUUAUUGUAAGCUGUUUUUUAACGAGUUCUGUUUUUCAGAAAUGAGCAAUAAAUUUUCAAAUCAAAUUUAUUAGAAUUGUAGAUUUGUGUAUAUUGAAAUUACAAUGAAGAUGUGUAUAAAUAUUUCAACUUUGACUUUUCUAGGUUCAUGUUGGAAAACCUUUUGUUUCUUGAACCUAAAAAUUAAAUCUUUUAUCUAU